GAUUGUUCUUGUUGAUUGUUCAGGCAGAAAAGAAACAGUCGUGGCGUUUCUAUCCCGGCAUUUUUCCGGCCCGGAAGUGCAAGUGUAAAGUUUUGAGAAUAAAAAAAUGCCGGUCCAGUUGCCAGAAUCCGACUCGGAGGACGAGCUUCCUCCGGCAUGGGAAGAACGUGCCACAAGUGAUGGUUUUGUCUACUAUGUCAACCAUCAAAGUAAGAGUACCCAAUGGACACACCCGCGGACGGGUAAAAUGAAACGGGUUUCCGGCGAGCUACCGAUUGGCUGGACACGUACCAUCGAGGAAAACACACGGAAGGUGAUCUUUGUUGAGGAGAAAACGCAACGCAAAUCCUACACCGAUCCUAGGCUAGCGUUCGCCGUCGAGGAAAACCCAACGCAGGUCGCCGAACUACGCCAACGGUUCGAUAGUGGCACCAAUGCGCUACAGGUGCUGCAUGGGCGUGAUUUAAGCGGCAAGGUGGCGCUAAUAACGGGCGCCAACACCGGCAUAGGUUUCGAAACAGCCCGUUCGCUUGCUCUACACGGCUGCGAAAUUAUCAUGGCCUGUCGGGACGAGCAAGGGACCCGGGCUGCGAUUGCGAAGAUUGUAGAUGAAAAGGAAGCGGCUGGAUUGCGGUGCAAGUUUGUACCACUCGAUCUGGCAAACCUACAUUCCACGAAACGUUGUGCAGAGGAAGUGAAAAAACUUUGCAAGCACAUCGAUAUGUUGAUACUAAAUGCAGGCGUAUUUGCCCUUCCCCACUCCCUUACCGAGGACGGUUACGAGCGCACAUUCCAGGUGAACCAUCUGUCGCACUUUUAUCUGACGAAUCUGUUGAUGGAUUUGUUUGAUCUUACCACGCGUAUCGUGGUCGUUUCGUCUGAAUCGCACCGGAUGAGUACGCUGCCGGCCAGUGGAUUAAGCGAGAGUGACCUUUGUCCACCGCAGCAUCGAUUCUGGAGCAUGAUAGCAUACAACAAUUCGAAACUGUGCAACGUCCUGUUUGCGAUGGAGUUGGCAAAGCGCCUGAAACAACGGGGCACUUCCGUGUUUGUGCUCCAUCCGGGUAAUAUGGUUUCUUCUGCCCUUUCGCGAAACUGGUGGUUCUAUCGAUUCCUGUUUGCUCUGGUGCGUCCAUUCACCAAGUCGCUGCAACAAGCCGCCAGUACGACCGUCUACUGUGCAACGGCUCAUGAAUUGACGGGAUUGACCGCGCUGUACUUCAACAACUGUUACGUCUGCGACCCAUCCGUAGCCUCAAAAAAUGACACGCUCCAGCAGAAUCUGUGGGAAUUGAGCGAUAAAAUGGUUAAACGUGUAAUCGGUGAAAGUCAGUAACUUAACCCACAUAUUUCAAUCGUGUAACUUUGUAUCAAUCGCAAAUAUAGCCCCUUUUAUUG